AUGGACUUUUUCGACGUUCGGAAAUUGACAAGCGGCCAAACGAAGGAUGCCAUUCUAUUGGGUGAUGUACGACUUCCAGACUAUUCGGCAAUCGCUUUCCUGCCGGUGAUAAUGAUCGGUGCCGUAGUGUUGGGUAUUUGCGGUGUAUGCCAGUAUAAACGAUGGAAGCAUGAAAAGAAGCAGAUAGCACAUCUCAACCAAUUCUAUGACAUCUUUGAAGGAGCUCCUCUACGUCGAAGAAAAAUGGUCAUGGUCGAUCAUUCUGACAUUGAUGAGGUGAGCCAUGUUGAUAUCAGCUUAGAAAGUGUCCUGAGAAUCCUCCAGCCGUCGUUCACUUCCAGUCUUAGCAUUUUUACCUCCUCCCGAAUGUUUGCCCAGCCGCUCGCUGUUUUUUUUUACACAAUGUGGUAUAAAAAUCAUAAUAAAAAGAAGGCCGUUCACGGCAUUCUUCAAAUCGCUAAGCAAAAUCCGAUUCUGAUAGAUAUUUCUUUUUGCUGGGCAUCUGCACAUUGUCUUUCCCACUCUGCGGCCAAUAACUGGAUGACCACCAUUCUCUCAGUGCCUCGUGAAGGACUGCAGACGACUCAGAUAAGCUAA